GCUGAUUAUCUGGCUACACUCAUAGGCUCAAUGCUCUCAUUUGCAUAAUGCUGUUCUAAUAAUAAUGAUUGUAUCAACUCCUGGGGUUCUUUUGAGGAUGGUAUUCGUUAAAGAGCUUAUGUGAUGCCUGGUACAUCCGCGCCCUCAGUGAAUUAUGGCUGGAGCAUCACUUACUAUACAGGUAGGGUGUCAGGCAUGGCAAAAGUCCUGAUAUUUAUUUAGAAAUGGAUAUCAUCCCUUGAAUCUCUAUGUGUAGGAUGCAUUAAAGGCUUUGACAUGGAGGACUACUUUAAGUGACAACGCUCUUCCCAAAGUCCUAACAGUAGAUAGCAGCUUCCAAGAAAUGGUUUGAAGUGCCAUUAUCAAGGGGGGACGGGGGCUUUAGGGGAUUUUAGGGUCAGCAAACAUCAAAUGAGUGAACUCACAGAGUUUGGCGGGGAUUUCCCACGAGGCCCCGCCCCCGGCUGAGUCACCAAACCCCUGGGUUUGACCUGCAGCCCAGCUCAGCAGCAGAACCUCACUGCUCUUGAAGAUCAAGGAGUGGAAAGUUCUUCACCAGCCCUGAGAUCUUAAGAGUGGUAUUUGUGAGACCAGCUACUUUGAUUAAAACUCUUUUGGGAUCUGCUUUGCACGUAUCCUAUUUAUGCAAGAUUUCACCAUGGGCAAUGGCUAUUACAACAUAGUGGCUACCGUGUUGUUGGUCAUGAAUUUUGAGAGGACAAGAUCCAUACAGGAUUCCUGUAGUAAAUGCCCAGCUGGUACUUUCUGUGGGAAAAACAAGAGUCAGAUCUGCAUUCCUUGUCCUCCAAAUAGUUUCUCCAGCACCAGUGGACAAAAGGCCUGUGACAUUUGCAGGCAGUGUGAAGGUGUUUUCAGGACCAAGAAGGUGUGUUCCCCCAUCAGCAAUGCAGAGUGUGAGUGCAUCUCAGGAUUCCACUGCUUGGGGGCAGGAUGCACUAUGUGUGAACAGGAUUGUAAACAAGGUCAAGAAUUAACCAAACAGGGUUGUAAAGACUGCCGCUUUGGGACAUUUAAUGAUCAGAAACAUGGCAUCUGUCAACCCUGGACAAACUGUUCUUUGGCUGGCAAGUCUGUACUUGUGAAUGGGACGAAGGAAAGUGAUGCAGUAUGUGGACCAGCCUCGGCUGGCUUCUCUCCAGGUACAGCCUCUGCCACCACGCCAGCCCCUGCAAGAGAUCCAGGUCAUACCUCCCAGAUCAUCAUCUUCUUUCUCGCACUGAUGUCAGUUGCCGUGCUGUUCCUGGUGUUCUUUCUCAUCCUCCGUUUCUCUGUCAUUAAACAUGGCAGAAAGAAACUCCUGUAUUUAUUCAAACAACCAUUUAUGAGACCAGUACAAACUGCCCAAGAGGAAGAUGCCUGUAGUUGCCGAUUUCCAGAAGAAGAAGAAGGAGAAUGUGACCUGUAAAGCAGAAAUCCAAAACUCCACUGGGACGGUCUUGAGAAGAAUCAAGGGAGAAACUUGAGUGAUCCCACCAUAAUAUCUUUCUAAAUUGAAAAACAUCAUCCUAGAUAAGACUCAGGAUUAUCCCCAAGUUUUCUUGAAAUGCUUAUAGGUUGGCCUUUAAAAACAUACCCCUUUUAGUGCAUGAAUGGGACAGAGCAGAUGGGAAAGGGGCAUUUUCCAGAUAAUGCUUAAUAAGCUUCAGCAAAUUUGCUUUUGAAAUCCAAAGAAAAUGAUACUUAAAAUUACAUCAUGUAGGCCAAUGGUCCAGUUAAAAUGAUAAUCAAAAAUCAAUUCUGUUUUUUUUGUGCGUAUGCUAAUUUAACAUAUAACAAAAAGCCAUAAGAUGCAGGAAAUACUCUCAACGAAAUUUUCCAUUAGUUCAGAUAUUCAAUACAAUGAGCUCUAUUGAUGUGAGGGGUGGAGGAGUUAUGACAGUGCCCAAAUUUGAGGUCAAGGGAAAAAUAUCUCAGACCUUGAGGAAGAGUUUUGGAAAGCAUUCCUGUGUCUUUGCACAUUUUGUGGUCCCUCUAUCUUUGUGUCUUCUACUUUUAUGCUGCUCUUCUUAGAACCAGGGCUUAUGUUUUGUUUUUUUUUGUUGUUGUUGUUUAAAAUUUUAUUUAUUUAUUAUUGAAGUAUAAUUAGCACAAAGUGUUGUGUUAAUUUCAGGUGUAUAGCAUAGUGGCCCCACAAUUCUGUACAUUACCCAGUGCUCACCAUGAUAAGUGUUGUCCCCAUCUGUCACCAUACAAUAUUAUUACAGUACUAUAGACUGUACUCCCAAUAUGAUACUUUUCAUCUCUGUGACUUAUUUAUUUUAUAAUUAGAAGUUUGUGUCUCUUAGUCCUCUUCAUCUCUUUUGCCCAUUAAAAAAAUUGGCUUAUGUGUUUUUAAUUCUUAAGAACAUUAAAAAUAAUCUCUGAUAAAUGGAACAGGUAGGAAUGAACAAUCCCAUGAACCCAUAGCCCAUCCAGAGUACUAAAGCAGGAGUGCUUAAAUUCCCAUGGGCCAAAUCUGAGGGGUCGUGUGCCUUUGUAGGGUUUAUGAACUAAAAAUUAUUUUUACAUGUUUAAAUAAUUAAAAACAAAUGAAAAUAAGAGUAAUAUCCCACGAUUUGAAAAAGUAUGCCAAAUUCAAAUUUCAGAGUCUGUAAAUAAAGUUUUAUUGGAACACACAGCCACAGUCAGGUGGUUUUGCAUUAUAACAGCAGAGUUGAGUAGAGACAAGAGACUGUAUCUCUAUCUCACAAAGCCUAAAAUAUUUCACAUCUGAGCCUUUGUAGGGUCAGAGUCAAGGUCAGAGUGUCCAUCUGUGUGUUACUUCCCUCCCUCAUCUUCUGCCUAAUUCCCCACCUUGCCCCCGGGCGCACCCUCUUUCAGGACCAUCAAUUCAAUCCAUUCCUUUGCUCAAAAAAAAAAAAAAAAAUCAUUGCUGCUAUAUUUAUGUAUCCCAAAGCUAUGUUAGUUUUGCUUGUUUUUGAGCUUUAUAAAAAUGAUACUGUGCUGCAUGUGACUUGCUUUGAUCACUCAAAAUCCUAUUGAUAAGACUUGUUCACGUUAUUGUGAGUAACUAGAAUGCAUCCUUUUGAUGAUUGUAUAAUUUUGCAAAUAUACCACAAUUUAUCAAUCCACUCUGAACCAAAGGACAUUUGAGUUGUUUCCAGGUUUUUUUUACAGUUAUAGACAAUGUUGGUAUGAAGGUUCUUUUGUGUAUGUUCUGUGGAAGAGUGUCUCUAGGGAAAUUUCCUUAGAGUGAAAUUUCUGGAUCUUAGGGCAUAUGAAUGUUCAACCUUUUGAUCUAAGUUAUGCAGAAAUAACAAACAAUCGUCCUUACCCUCCUCACCUUCUCCACUCCCAAAUCUUAAUGGAUCACAGCAAAACAGCAGAGAUGCAUUUCUUUUGGUCAUCACAGGCUAAUGGCAGGCUGGCCAUGGCUUCACCCCACAUUGUUUCACUCAGAUAUAGGUGGAGGGAGAAGCUUCUACUUGGAAUAUUGGUCAUCUGAUGGCAAAGAGGGUACUGGCCACUUUGCUCAGAGAGGAUUGGUUAGGUUCUAGCCUUUAGAGCAAGUCAUACAGCGAAGCUGUGCAUCAACAGAGCAGAGGGGAAAAAAAAGAAACAGAGCAGAAGGCAUAAUCUUCACACAGGGAGGACCAGAAAAUAUGUCUGUACCAUAAGAAGUCGGCUCUGGUGCUGAACUGCUUUUCAGAGCAGUGGUUCUAAGUCAUGCUCCUAUCAGCCUCACUGAAUCCCAUCCUUGCUACCCUCUGGGAUUGUCAGACCCUUAAUUUUGCCCAUUUAGUGGGUAUAAGAGGGUAUCUCACUGUGGUUUCAUUUUGCAUUUCCUGAAUUACUAAUGAGCAUCUUGUUACAUGUUUUUUUUUUUUAAGAUUUUAUUUAUUUAUUCAUUAUAGUCACACAG